UAAGCGCCACAAAACUUGGAUUAUUAAAAUCAAAGUUGGGAUCAAGUGGCAAGUGACCGCUGCGCCCGCGCAGCUCGCCCCCGCCGCGUCGCGCCACCAUACCUAGUCCGCGAGCCGCGCGCCACGGACGUAUGCGCGGAGCUCUGCAUGCGGGUCAAACCCCCUAAAGUGUUAGAACUUGUGAACCAUACCUGUCAUACGCAAUAAUCCUUCCACCCAGUGAAUCUAACUGAAUUCUAAUCUGUCGGUAUAAGUAUAACAAUUUGGCUCACAAAAAAGUGAACGCGGAGAAGGCUACAUUCCAAAUCCAAACCGGUGUCGUUCUUUAAUGGACGAAGUGUGUUACUACUGUGUGUGUGUUGUUACUUAGAAGUGACUGGUUUAGUGGUUUAAUGUAGCCCUGCGCUGUGAACUAGAUAAAUAAACAAAUAACAAACAGUGUUUUUGCGCAACGCGAUCAGUCCAUAAUGUAAAGUUUCCCAAAUCGAAAGCUGUUCAAAGUUAAAGCUAAAAUGGCUCGCGGUGCGCUGAGUGAAAAUGAACGCUACUGCUUGGAUGCGAGCGCAAAAAGUCAAGAGCGAUUGCAAGAGACGGAAACAAAUAAAUCUAACGGACUGAGAGUUCGCUUCCUAGACGAGGAAGGAAAGACCGAAAGGACGGUUAGCACCGAUGUGGUCGACUGCGCUGUGUCGAGAGUCAAAAAAAUACAUAUUUUAAAGAAUAGAAGCUCUAGUGAAACUAGCAUUCUGCUCCGUAACCCGUCCCUCAUAAAGCGACGUUUGAGUUCCGAACGGAGAUAUAGCGACGGUCACACUGACUCCUUAAACAAUAACUCCCUCAGUGAGAAUCUCAAUGGAAAACUAAACGACCCAGGAAGCUCCGAAAAGAUUGAAAAUGAAGUGGACCAAAUCAAAGAAAGCCAGAGCUUUAAAAAAAACUGUAAUGUGUAUAGUGUGAACCAGGCGAAGACGUUAACACCAGAGAGAAAGAAGUCGCACCAGUUAAAUAUUCCUCGACUAAUCGCGCAUAAGGAACACGAUCACGUGAAAUCGAUACUACCAGCAGAAGUUUGUUUGAUGGAUGGUGCUUCUGGAAAGGACUUUACCGCUCGUGCGAUUGGAAGACUAUCGCGUGGUAUAGGACGCCUGCUCCGCCGCACAAACAGCGUACGAAUCAGCGAACCUGAUCCGAUGUACAAAGUGGCGUAUCUCGGCAAUGUCCUCACCGGAUGGGCUAGAGGUGAAAGCUGCAUAGAGAAGCCACUCGCGACGCUGUGGAGGAACUACCAGCAGUCCACGAAACCCGACGUGGUGAUGAAACUGUCCGUCACCAACUCCGGCCUCAAGGGCUUCACCAAAGAACACGGCCUCACCGAGUACUGGUCCCACCGAAUCACGUACUGUGCCAGCCCGCCGCACUACCCCAAGCUGUUCUGUUGGGUGUACCGCCACGAGGGCAAGAAGCUGAAACAUGAACUGCGAUGCCACGCUGUUCUCUGUACCAAAGAAUCCGUAUCAAAGAAAAUAACCGAGGAACUUCAGAUCAAAUUAAAGCAGGCACUUGUUGAAUUUAAAAAAGAUAGGAUCUCCAAACAGAACGCGCGACUUAGCCUCGCCAACAGCGUCUACGACAACCCCAGCAUGCCGCGCAGGAAAAUACUUUUGAGCGUAGGCGCUCAGAACUAUAGGCCCCCGCUGGAGAGAUCCAAGUCGGCCCCUAAGCUCGGUGCCAUAGAAGAACUCUGCUCCGAGGAAGACGAAGAAGAAGCAGAGCUGAACGCUAAGAAAGAGCUUUGCCAGUUCACGAUGGAACUCUCCACAUCACAAACUCUGGACAGGCGGCGAUCCGAAAUGAUGUCUCCCCGCAAGCUGUCGUGCCCAGAAGGUGUAAUGGAUAGGAUGAUGCUAGAGUCCGAGAAAAACAAGGCGGAAGCUACCGAAAAUUUAAUCAACUUACUCGUUCAAGAGAGCAAAUUGAAGGCGGAAAUCGAACGCCAAAAUGAAACUAGUCAAGAUGAUACCGAGAAACUGGAGUCGAGAUUAAAAACGUUGGAGUCGAUCGAGGAGACCGUCGAAUUAAACGAUAGAAUGAUCGUGAUCAGCGACGAUAGAAAAAAUUUACUGCUAUCUCAAAGUAACUACCUCGUCACGGAUAGCGACGAUGGAUCUGUUUCUUCGGGGUGCGAGACGGCGAGCACGGUCACCUCGUCCGACGCCGAACCCUCGUCGCUUCCUUCGCAGUUCUCGCACGAGGAGAUGCACAAGGAGCUGGACAGCGACGACGAGCGACUGCCAGUCUUCAGUCGGAUGCGCAACUUCGAGAGCGCAUCUCUCAGAAACGCAAGUAGAUGCUACACAAACUCCAUUCACACCCUCAGCAGCGAUUCUACUAGCACGGUGACUUCGGAUGAAGUUAGCCACGUGCCGAUUGGAGAGAAGAAUGCCUUCCGUCGGCGCUCCACAUACCCUCCGCUGAGAGGCGGCUGCAUACUGGAGAGCAAAUUCGAGAGUCUUAUCGACAACUUGACGGAUGUAGACAGCUUGACCUCAAGCACGGAGAAUGAAGUUUUCAAGAACUCUGGCGACAACGACAGCGCUUGCAGCGACGAGUCCGGUUAUUCUGAACUUUUGGAUGGCAAGGAGAGUAUUAUCGGCAACACUAUAAUGGUCUAAUUGAUGAAGAAGUUGCCACAGCAAUGCACGGUACCGCUAACUUUUAUAUUAGGUUUUAGCUUAAAGCCUUUUCACACGACAACAUUUUGGCGUGCAGUCAAUGGCCGCUCACCGACGUGCGUCGACUGCUAACUAGGUAUUAGCAUAGGACUUAUGUUAUGAGUAAAUCUUAUAGUAUACGUAUAGUAUAUGCCAAGACUUUGAUUAAUAGAAAUCUUUUAGUAUACAUACAUAAGAUAAUGUAACUGUGUCAACUAGAGCAGAGUUAAGUUAAAAUACUUUUAGAUCUAUGUCAUAACAAUAGUGAUAUAACUUAAAUCUAUAAUAUACAGCUUUAAUAGCAUAUUAACUGUACAAGGUUAUCGAAAAAGUGUGAUAUACAAAAUCAUACUAAAUCCCCAUUAAAAAAUUGAUUACAUGGACAAAGAUUAUGUUUCUAGUUUACAUUUAAAUAUCAAUGCUAAUGUUUUAAAUUAUCGUCCUGUGAAAAGGCUACUUUACCUACUUCUUUAUUAUUAGAUGUUAAUAUCAGGGUACAUAACGUACUUUAUCCAGUUGAUAUACUAUUGUGUUAGAUAUCUGUAUGUAUAUAUUGUAAUAUAGUUUGUAAAAUUUGAUUUUACGAAUCAUAAUAUUAGGAAAAAAGAUUUUGGAGAUUUUUAUUAUUUUGUUCUUUAUCUCGAAUUACCGUUUUGUUUGUAAAUUAAUUAAUUAUUUAUCACUUGUAUAUUAGUGUUAGUUAUUGCAAAGUUUAGAUGCAAUUUUCGAUGUAGUAAAAUGAAUCUGUUAUAGUAUGUUAUACAGAAGGUCUAUAGGUACUUACACAUUCCAUUUAUACAUUAUACACAGUCUAGUAUUUGGGUCAACCAUAUCUGUAGUGAGGAACAUUAACAGAUAAUAAAUGUAAGAAAAAUAUUA